GAGAGAGAGAGAGAGAGAGAGAGAGAAAUAAGGAAGAUAAUACAAAUUCAUUUAUGUGGGCAUGUGGGGUUGCGUGGCUCUUCAGCUUCUUUAAUUUUAGUUUUAAUUUAUAUAUAUAAAAAAAAGGAUCAUGGAGACUUACUUGGCGAAGAAGGUAACGAGUUUAUGAGACUACCUAUCUCGCUCUCUCCUUCUCGCGUCAACGUCUCUACAGCUCUGUUCUUCUUCACGCACGCUACGCUGCUCUCUUCCUCCUCUCCACAAAGAUUUUUGGCCUCUCUUCCCGCGAUCCUGAGACUGCAAUUACUGUUGCAGAAUAUUGCAGCUAGAUUAUUCUGAUUCAACCCAAGGAAGACAUCUCCGGAAGCAUGGUGGCUGAUGAUAGCGUGGCCGUCAAUGAUAGAUACCGUCGGCUUGGACACGCACUAGUGGAGGUGUUCUCAGUGCGGAUCAACGAUAUCGAUGGAGAGAGCCACCUCUAUGGUACAAUUAAAGUUAUAGAUGGACUGAGUUUGCAGUACAUUUACGAUCGUAAAAGGGAGGAUCCAGAAUUAGUAUCUGCAGGUGACGCUAUUUUGUUAACCGGCCCAGCUCGAUCCAUAUCAGCAUAUGAUAGUUUCACCAUUGAUGUGAAUCUCAUGGAUGAUAGCAAAACUUCCACAAAUGAUGAAGUCAUCCGGGAGCUGUUCACAUGGAAUGUCUACUUGACAGCAAGUAAUGUGUACAAUGAACCCAUGACGGAUAAGGUCGUUGGCAAGAAUGGUUCAGCGACAGUGGACUACAUAGUGAUGAGCAAUGCGGUGCAAGCCAAUGUGGAGAUUACCCUCAUAAAUGGAGAUGGGAAGGAUCUGAUUGAACUAAAUGGAUUCGUCACAGCUCGCGGUGACGAAUUUGUGAAUGAAUGUAUGCUCUUUAGGAAGACAAAUAAUGAGAAUAUAGAAGUAAGAUGCGGGCAACUUAUUCCCAUGUCCAGAUCUACAAUAGCUGUGCCGUUGGACUCCUCCCUUGUAGUUAAGGCAGAACUAAUUGAUCGUGAUAGGGAUACUAAUCACGAGAUUGCAAACGGUGCUGCUGUCUUCCCUACUAAUUUGUCCGGUACAUACACCGAAAAUAUUUUAGGGAAUAACGGAGAAAUUCAAGUCAAGGUGACUUGGAUAAAUAUGUAAGUCACUUGACAGUAUAAGUGGUCCAUAUAUUGGACUUGAAUCUGUACUUUUAUUACGUACGUAUGAACUUGGAACUCUUAAUUUGUUUUUCA